AACAAACAGAAAAGCGAAAAAAAAAAAAUCCAAAUAAGAGAGACAAAGUUAACAAAGUAGACACAGUAACUGAAGAACGUAAAGUAAAUGAAGAAGACAAAGUUAACAAAGUAGGUAUAGUAACCGAAGAACAUGAAGUAAACAAA